CUAGCUCUUACAAAUCUCUAUUAGCCUGCGGAUCACAACCUCCGCAGCCCUGUACCUUCCUUAAUCGAUAAGCCUGUUUCCCAGUUUAUAUAGCAUGCCUGAUCACUCCUACGUACUGCCUGCAAACGACAUCCAAGAACCUGAUCCUGUAGGCGCUCUUCCUCAUCUUAUUUGUAUCGAGGUCGUGUUCCAACACCCAUCUAGCUUUCGAAGGCGCUCGAGGCAGGAAUGAAGCUGGAGUGGAGGUCCAGAAGACACUGAUAUGCCAUAGCUAGGCUCUGCCCCAUGAAGGCGAUGUGUCGAAGCCAGAUGAUGCUCUAGACUGAUGAGGCAGGAGCCGACAUCUGCGGGCUCUGCACUGCGAGCUCUGCACUGCGAGAUACAUGCCUCCAGGCGACGAGACCGAAGCUACUGGCGAGUACAUAGAGAUCAGUGCGGGAGAGCCUCGUUCCAAGAUUGUGGGGCAUCCUACGGCAGACGGCAUGGCUCUGGUGCAUCAGCAAGAAGAGUCGUAUCUGUCUCGUGCUGACUCACACGCUGCCGAGCUAGGCGCAUACAGAAAGCUGUCCGCUACCUCGUGCCUCUUCAUCUAUUACUCAAACUUCUGCGGCUUCAUCUGUUUGUCGCGCACCUCGAUUACAAAAGGGUCCCUCGUUGGUCUCGACAAGCUACCUUUUCUGACGCCAUGGCACGAUCGUUUCUAUCUCAUACGGGUUGGUGUUCUUGUCCUUCUCCCACUGACUGAUGUGCGUUCAGUACUGGCCCCGCCUGUGACUGUGUCUGUGUCAGCAGCACGCCGAAGACUCGCUCACCUUGCACAAACUGGAGUGACAUACUCACCUUUGGAGCCACGCUCCUCCUCAACCACCUGCCUUAUUGUUUCCAGCGGCAGUCUUUGUGCGAUAUGCAAGCCUCAGAUGCGUUCCUUAUAUGGCUCCUAGCUGUCCGCGCGAAGAGUCGCCGUCUUGCGCUUUCGUGGUCGAGCUAGCGCGCCCACGAGCGAUGCGGGCUCCGCAGGCGCUGCAGAUGCAGACUAGCUGUUACCAGCGUAUUCCAAGUCGUACUGCACAUGGCUAGCGUGAACU